AUGCAGGACCAAAAACCGGGACUCUUCGCCGAGAUCGCAGAUCCAUAUCUGCGUCAUUGCCUGCAGAUCGUCCAGACGACGCUCACCAACUUUGUCUACAUAGGUUCGGGCGCCAAGAUCGCCUAUCGCUGGCUCAAUGUAGAAACGGAUGCCUUCCAUCGGAUCGCUGCCGAGAACGUGGCGGGAUCGUCUUCAGCAUCGUUCGCACAACCUCGGAAUCGAGCCGAGGUGCCGCUGCUUCUGCACUGCGAUUUUCGCGCAGGUAUGGACAUGUGGGAUCCUCUCUUCCUGGCACAUCUGCUCAAAGCACGUCCACUCAUCAUUUUUGAUCCGUGUCACUGCGGUAGAUCGGUUUCAAAUCGGGAUACGCGCCCGUACAUGGGUUCGUUCUACAAGUGGGCCAAACACGCCGUCGCCGUCGCCGACUCACUCGGAACGGCCGAAUACGACGUGCUCGGCUUCGCCAUGGGCGGUGCAGCUGCGUUGUUGACGGCGCUGUAUCCGAGUCCUGCCACCACACGCGUGCGCAAAAUUGUGGCGGCUGCCACUACCGGUCCCGCCAUCUCGGCGCGUCUCUACGAGGAAUGCUCGCGCAGCUCCAUGUCAAUCGCAUGGCCCCGCGACGACUGGAACCUGAUGAACGCAUCGCGCUUGUCGCUCAACGACGGUACCAAACCCGAAGAGGUCAAGCAAGCCAUGAAGCACACCUUUUUUACCGAGUCUGAGGCGGGUCAGCAGGCGCUCGAACAACACUGGGAGCGCAUCAACAGUUUUGCCCAAUACCGUUCCAAGUUGCCCUCGGAAGCGCCGUUUAUCGGACUGUUGGAGGAUCGUCGAGAACUGGGACCGUUGCGAUGUCAGCGAUUGGCAUGGAGAAGUUGGGAAACCUUGCCACAGCAACGUCCAGGUGGCUAUACGGAUCCGAUGGCCAAAGUCAAUGUGCCCGUGCUCGUCAUGAACGGCAUUAACAACUCGCUCAUCCCUGCCAGUCGCAGUUGGGAGCUCAUGUGCCGUCUUCCCAAGCCGGCGUUGAACCUGUACGAGGAUUCGGGCGCUGGCUUCAUCUGGCAGUAUCCCGAGCGCGUGGCCAGGGACAUCAACUACUUUUUGGACUACGACCACACCAAUCUUCAACCACAAGUGCUGCCCUCCGCCUCCUUGCCGACAUCCAACACUCUCAUCUCUACACUGCCGCCCGCUUUGCAAACAAACGUCUCAUCUUCCGGUCCCUUUGCCAACAUCUCACAUCCUUACUUUUCCAGCACGCCCACAGCCCAUCAACAGUCCCUCCAGCCGUAUCUGCACAACCUACCUCCCAACUUUCAUCCUUCAGAGAACGAGCACAGAUCUUCCAAACUCUAG